AUGGCCCUUCUAUGUAUUAAUAAUGCCAAUGUUGCUCCUAAUAGUAUCUUGAUUCGACAAUUCCCCUCUCCUCCUACGUCUCCAUCAUCCGAAAAACAAUUGUCAGUCGUCGCUCAAUCUCCUGCCAUUAAACACGAGACAAAUCUUGAUGAAGAUUAUGAAAAAGAAAUUGCUGACGAUGGUACUUACAUUAAACAAGAACAAGAUGAUACCAUUAUUAGUAAUCUUAGUAAUGACGACAGCGAUGAUAGUAGUAAUCAUCGCCAUCAACAACAAUUAGACUUUUUAUCCAUCAAUCCUAAACAACGCAACAGAAUUAUUAAAAGAAGAUUUGCACGUGAACGAUUCGAAAAAAAGCAUGGAUUCUCCAAGCAAAGAAAGCCUUAUAUUCAUGAAUCUCGCCAUGUACAUGCCCUAAGAAGACCUCGUGGCCCUGGAGGAAGGUUCUUGAAUGCCAAUCAAAUGGCAGAAAUAGAAGAAAGACGAAACAGACCAGAUAUUACUACCAUUGAUGGAUACUCAUAUCAACCUCAAUUAAUCUCAUUACCUUCAUCAUCACCGUUGUCGAUACAAACAGCACCAAUGACACCAAUCCAACCCUUUCAAACCCACUCCCCCUACCACACACAACAAUCAUUCCAACAACAACAACUUUCUCCAUGUUCUCCAGGUUUCCAAGGAAUAGAUUAUAAUAACAGCGGUUAUUUAUUAGAACAAUCAAAUCAUUUCGAUCAUCAAUUAUACAAUACAGUCGUUCCUUCUUCUUUCGCAGAGUAUGCUUGUGAUAAUGAUGGAAGUUUCUAUUGA